AUGAGAAUCGGGCUCAAGUUCGUCCCGACCAUGAUCGUCGUCAACGCCGUCGUCUGCCACGGCCCCACCAUGGGGUUGCGUUACUCGAUCUCGGGACGAAACAGCCGUACCAAUGCCGGGCCAUGGGGGACGACCUUUGCUCGUGGGACCUUUGACAUAAAGCGCAGCCGCGCUGACGGCGCCAAAGAUGCCGGUCAUAUGGUACAAGUGCAGAUGGAUGGCGCGACCAACCAGCCUGAGGUUGGCGACGGUAUCGAGGUCAUGGCUACUAUUGUGGUGAAAACCAGCAGCCACGACGGCGAGUGGUCGUCGGCGCGCGACACCGAUAGUGAGGAUGCAGAGAAGAGGAGAAGGCUUCGGGGUCAAGCCGUCCAGCUCCUCGGAGGUGAAGUUUGUGAGGGCCUGCUUCGUUGUGCGAGCGUCGUCUGGAGGCGGUCAUGGGUUUCAAGAUAA